CUGGGAACCGCGGGCCGUCCAAAUCUGCAUUCAUUCAAAACAAGAAGAAAAGGAUGCCUUCCUUCUGUUGACUUUCUACUUUCACAAAUAAUUUUACAACUACAUACUACAGUAUACGCCAUUGUAAUAUCAACCAUUCCUUCAAUUCGCCUAAGCUACAUUUUCAUGAAAUCUAUAAUAUUUCCCUCUCCUAGUUUGUGUCGUCUGCUACAGUCCCUAGUUUUAAUCGCCACCCACUGUUUCUGAGGCUUGAUUACACGUUUAAUUUACUCGAUAUAUUACAGUAGGACUAGUAGCUCGUUUCAACAAAUUCAAACUAUGGAUCCUCCACUCAGCCCUUUAUCUCUCUCUUACCCUAUCAACAAGGACACAUGGAGACAUACUAUUAUUCUGUCAUUUCAAAGCCUUGGGGUGGUAUACGGCCGAUUGAGCACUGCUCCUUUAUAUGUAUUUGGAUCAAUUGACGAAAAGGAUGUCAAAUCAAAGGAGGAGAUAUAUGAACUCUUCUCCUUUGUGUUUUGGACUUUAACCAUCAUUCCCUUGUUGAAAUAUGCACUUAUAGUUUUGAAGGCUGAUGACCAGGGGGAAGGUGGUACAUUUGCAUUGUAUUCCUUGCUGUGUAGGCAUGCCAAAGUCGGGCUGCUUCCAAGUGAUAAAACUGCUGCUGAGACAAUGCAUCACGAGGGAAUCCCAUCUAAGAUCAAAAUGAGAACUAGAGCGAGAUGGGCAAUUGAAAAACAUAAAAGUUGUCACUAUUUUCUGUUGCUUCUUGCCCUGGUUGGGUCUUGUUUAAUAAUCUGCGAUGGAGUUCUAACUCCUUCUAUUUCUGUGUUGUCAGCAACCACAACUCUGAAACGUUCCAUAUCAAAGAUAUUGCGCGAGUCAGCCUCUUCUGAAAAGGCAGACUCCAUUGACAAGUAUUUGACAAAAUAUAUCCCAGUUCCUACAGCAUGUGCUAUAUUGGUUUGCCUUUUCACUUUGCAAAAGUACGGGACCCAUAAGAUUGGAUUCCUUUUCGCUCCAGUUGUCAUAAUAUGGAUCGUUUUCAUCAGCACGAUGGGCAUAUAUAACAUUUCCCGUUACCCCUCAAUCCUUAGAUCAGUCUCUCCAGUGUACAUUGUUAGGUUCAUUAGGAAUGCAGAUAUUUCAAGUUGGAAACUAUUAGGGCGCAUUGCGUUAUGUAUAGCAGGAUCAGAAGCAAUGUUUGCAGAUCUAGGGCAUUUUUCAAAGAAAUCCAUCCAGGUCACAUUUGCCCUAAUAAUAUAUCCUGUCCUUAUAAUAUGUUAUGCUGGUCAAGCUGCAUUUAUCUCCAACCACUUAGGUGUAACACCUUACGUUACACAUCUUAGUGAAUCUCUACCUAUUAGUAGAGAUCUUCAUCACGUUUUCACGGCAUUAUCCCUAAUAGCGUCUCUUGUGGGUAGCCAGGCAACCAUUACUGCAAGUUUUUCCAUCAUAAACCAAUGUCAAGCACUGGGCUGCUUCCCCAGAGUCAAAGUUAUACACACAUCAGAUAAGAUAUAUGGACAGGUUUAUAUUCCUGAUGUCACGUGGAUUCUAAUGGUCCUCAGUUUAGGUGUUACAUUCGGUUUGGGGGACAUAACAACUAUUGCAAAUGCAACAGGUUUAACUGUUAUUUCUGGGAUGUCAGUCACAUCUUGUCUUAUGUCACUUGUUAUCGCGCUCUACUGGGAGAAAAGCCUAUUCUUCUCGUUGUGCUUUGUGUUAGCCUUUGGGUCUGUCGAAGCCAUGUACCUGUUCUCAAGUUUGAUGAACUUUUCCAAGGGAACCUGGUGUGUACUUGUGCUAACCUCACUUUUUAUGAUGACGAUGCUCUCGUGGCACUACGGCACUGUUAAGAAGUACGAGUUUGAUGUAGAAAACAAGGUUGCGGUGGAUUGGUUAACAGAUCUUAGCCCCGGUCUGGGGGUUAACAGAGUACAAGGUAUCGGGUUUAUUUACACUGAUAUUGUGACAGGAAUCCCUUCUUUUUUCUCCCAUUUCAUCACCAACCUUCCAGCAUUUCAUGAACUUCUGGUGUUUGUGUCUUUCAAGCCAUUACCCGUGCCUUACAUUCCCCAGAAUAAGCGAUACCUUAUAGGCAGGGUUGGCCACAAGGAGUACAAAAUCUACAGGUGCAUUGUACGAUAUGGGUACUGUGACCACAUGAGAGACACACAUGAUUUCGAGGAGCACAUUAUCAGUUCAAUCGGGGAAUUCAUUGCCCGGGAGGAACAUGACUACGAUGAUAAGGAAACUAUGGCCUCGCCCUCUCCUGAAGGAAGGAUGAUCGCUUUAGGAGGGCCUAGUACAAGUGCAGCAUUGAUUCCAGUAACUGAAAUCGAAGAAAAUGAGGUUUCACAGACCUCAGCUGACAUCGAGACUCAAAGAAGUCCUCUCAUAGAUUCAUACGGUGGGAGUGGAUUUGGUCCUCCUAAGAGAAAGAAGGUCCGGUUCUUUCUGCCUCCACCCAGUCCCGAGGUGAAUCCAGCCGUGAGAAGGGAGCUCCAGGAACUAAUCGACGCCAGAGAAAGGGGCACUGCUUAUUUCUUGGGCAAGCCACACUUAUCGGUACGUAAAGGCUCAAACUUUUUCAAGCAAUUCCUUAUCUUGAACUACAUUUUUCUCGACAAAAAUUGUCGAGAGCCUCCAGUUGCAUUGAACAUACCUCAUGCUGCUCUGUUAGAGGUAGGAAUGGCUUAUAUAGUGUAACAUUUUUAGGCUGCACCCACUCUGAAGAGAUGUAAGCAUGGUUUAGGUGCAGUUUGGUACAAACAUAAAGACACAUGUUUGUUUUGUGUAAAUACAAUAUACUGUACGUUCUUAUAUAAGUUUUUGGUUA